AUGCUCAUCGGCGCCUACGCUCGUGCUCUCUUUCAGAUUCUGGUUCUCCUCUACCUCCCGCUCGCCCAGGCAGCGUUUGCCAUCUUUGGCUGCCGCCGCGACGAGUCGGGCACCUGGCUGAUGGCGGCCGAGCCGACGCGCCGAUGCUACGACGUUGCCUGGUGGACAGGGCUGUUUGUUCCAGGCUUGGUCGCUGUGGUCAUCUAUGCCAUCGGCGUACCUACCGCCGCCUUCGGUCUGCUGCGGAGCCAGCGGGCGGCGCUUCCACCCACAAUCUUCCUCCUCCGCUUCUCUUUCCUCGUGGCCCGCUUUAGCACGGCCGCCUGGUGGUUUGAGGUCACCAUCAUGGUGCGCAAGCUCGGUGUGGUCAUGGCCAUGACCUUCUUUACCACCGAUGCCAGCAAGGCCAACGCCGCAGUCUUCAUCCUCGCAUUGGCCGUCUUCCACCUCGGCGCCAAACGGCCCUACCGAUCGCCGCUGCACAACAGGCUGGCGGUGCUGGUCCUCGCGGCGACGGCCGGUGUACUCUACGGAGGCACCUUUGUCGACUACAUGCUGCGGAGAAUAGUUGUGAUGAUUGGCGUCCUCGUCAACAUCCUCGCCAUCGUGGUGGGCAACUUUCUCGACAUCCGCCUCAUCCUCCGCAGAGAGGCUCAGCUCGAGAUCGACGAGUACUACGUCGGCGGGACACUCAAGGCGGUUGACGACGAUGCUACGGGGACCGAGCUGGGAGACCUCGGCUCGCUCGCCCGUCAUCGCUCCCGCACCAUGUCCGAUGCCGCCAUCUCGCUCUCAGCUAACUCGCUAGCCGCCGACUCGGAUGCGGUCGUCGUCCCGAAACACAUCGUCAUAUCGGACCCGGUCGUUGCCGUUUCUGCGUCUGCUGCCGCCUCGGCAUCAGCACCGUCCGAGUCGUCAUCCGCGUCGUCCGCGACAUCGUAG